ACACGAAUUAUUCGAAAUGUUAUAAAUUACAACAGCCACCCUCUCAUCGCUCUAGGGAAUAUCUCAAAUCUCGCGCUAAACUAAUUCCUAUGAUCUGAAUAUGGUGGAUUCCACACCUCCUCGGCUACACAUUUCCUAAGCUCGCUAAAGCUCAACAACAAUCGCUGUACCAGGAUCUGGCGCCACCUAGUAGAGUUGAGGACUCCCAUUGAACUGUGAACAGUGACUGUGAAGCUUGGGUAACGUACAAUCAGCUGAUCCACGUCUUCCAAGUGUCAAAUGCGUAUUUGUAAAUAACGAUCCGUUGCAUAAAGCGCAGUCUUGUAAUAAUCCAUCGUCGAGGAGGUAACAAUGGUGGAUACCAAAACUAUCGUGAGCUUUGCCUGUCAGCGAUGCCUCCAGCCUCUCAGAUUAGAUUCGAGCUUCAAUCAUUUGGGGGAACACACGCUUGCUGAACUUUCACGUAGUACCGAUACAACAACAGACAGUUGGAGAGCUCGAUCACCACAGCGGUAGUCUAGAACAGUUAGCUCCACCUUUUCGUCUCACAGAAUCAGCUAAUGGUGCUAAUGGAUUUAUGCUGGUUGGAGAUUCUGGUGAAACGGAAAGCCUUAGCCAUCACUUGAGGGUGAGAGCAACAUUGUUUGAUAUAUUGAGCAGCAGUAGUUCUGCAGAUCAUCCGUUAUGUGAUGAAUGUACAGACAGCCUUUUGAUGUUGAUGGAUCAGCAAUUGAGAUUGACAGAGGGAGAAUGGUCAGACUACAACGAAUACAUAAAACACUUAGAAUCUGAGCAACAGCAACAGGAUGGAGAUAUGGAGAUGAGUAAUCUCGUUAAAGAACUCCAGGACAUUAAAGCUGAAGAGGAGCGAAUGAUCGGUGAGCUCGAGGCUCUAAGGAGGGAGGAAGCUGCGACGAGGAAUGCUAUAGCUCAGCAGGAAAGAGAGAGAGAGCGAUUACAGAGUGAGGAAGAAAGAUAUUGGAGAGAAUAUUCCAGGCAUAGGAGGGAUCUAAUGUUUGCUGAAGAUGAAUUCAGAAGCUUAGAGAAUCAGGUGGCUUACGCAGCUUCACAACUAGAGAGGCUGAAAAAGACGAACGUAUUUAAUGCGACGUUCCAUAUUUGGCACUCUGGACAUUUUGGAACAAUAAAUUCAUUUCGGUUGGGUCGACUACCUAGUGCCCCUGUAGACUGGAGUGAAAUAAAUGCAGCAUGGGGUCAAACGACCCUCUUACUAACAGCCCUAGCCCGAAAGAUGAAUCUUACAUUCCAGCGCUUUCGAUUGGUCCCAUUUGGUAAUCAUAGCUACAUUGAAGUUUUGGAUCAACACAGAGAACUUCCAUUAUAUGGCAGUGGUGGAUUCAAAUUUUUAUGGGAUACUAAAUUUGACGCGGCAAUGGUCGCUUUUUUGGAUUGCUUGCAACAGUUCAAAGAACAGGUCGAGAAAGGUGAUAGUGGUUUUUGCCUUCCCUAUAGAAUGGAUCGUGGGAAGAUUGAGGAUUCCGCCACCGGCAAUUCCUACUCUAUCAAGAUUCAAUUUAAUUCCGAAGAGCAAUGGACAAAAGCCCUUAAAUUUUUACUGACAAAUCUGAAGUGGGGUUUGGCAUGGGUCAGUUCACAGUUCACAAAAGAUGAGGCUGAGCAUUAGAGUACCUAAUAUGCAAACAGUUAGUUAGAAGCGAGUUAAAUAGCUGCUACAGUGCACCGACCAUGUACAUACACGCGCCUUGUAAAUAAAAAGUAAAUUGAUAAA